AUAUAAAUAUAGUUUUGAGUGUACACAGUGUCAUAAUUGUAUUUUAAGUGAAUAAGUUACCUCUUAUUAUGAGAAUUAUUUUAGUAGUUUUGGUGCUUGUAGUGGCUGCUACAGCAGUUACAGACGAAGAAAAAUGGACCAAUUUCAAGGUUACUCAUAACAGGGUAUAUAAAGAUAUUGAAGAGCACAAUCAUCGAUUCGCAAUCUUUAAGAAAAAUCUCAUUCGCAUUAAAGAACAAAACGAAAAGUACGAAAAAGGGGAAUCAACUUUUAAAUUCGGAAUUACUCAAUUUGCAGACCUUACCGAAGAAGAGUUCCUUAGUCGUUUUAAAUCUGCUGGUAGUUCUAAGUUAACGAAAAUCAAUAGCUAUGUUUCUUCUUCUAAAAGUAAAAGUAAGCUCUCUGGUCUAUCAGAUAAUUUGCCAGAACAAUAUGACUGGGUCCGCACUGGAGCAGUGACACCGGUAAGAGAUGUUGGAGAUUGUGGUGAUUGCACAGCUGAAAGCGUGGUAGCAGCUGUAGAAGGGGCCGAGUUUAUAAAAACUGGAAAUUUAAUACAGCGUAGUCCCCAACAACUGGAAGACUGCAUUCCUUUUGAUCCAGAUGAGUGCUGGAUAUGUUAUGAAAAAGUCCUUAAUUACACCAGGGAUGUCGGUAUUAUGACAGAAAAGGAUUAUCCUUGGCAAUUCGAAAGUCAGGAUUGCCAAAUAGAUAACAUUACCGUCACCGAACCACUUAUACAGAUAAUUGACUGGAUAUACGUUUCAGAGGGGGUGGAGGAAGAGUUAGAACGUACAGUGUAUCUUGAAGGACCUGUAGCUGUUGCCAUAGAUGCAAGCAUAAAUUAUCAGCUAUAUGCAGGCGGUGUACUGGAUGAUCCACUUUGUGGAAAUACAAAGGAUGAUUUGAAUACCACUCUUGUGCUUGUUGGCUAUGGUGAGUCUAAAAAACUGGGUCAAUACUGGAUCCUUAAAAACUAUAUUGGUACGUUUUGGGGAAACAAUGGGUACCUUUGGUUGAGAAGAAAUAAAAAUAAUCAAUGUGGGAUUGCUACGUCAGCUGUUAUUCCAGUUCUUGAUUAUGAAUAGUAUUAAAUAUAGAAUAUGUUGAAUUUCUAAAAAUAGAAUAUUGAAAAUAU